UCCCGAGCGUUCGGGACCGCCGGGAGCCGGGGAGGCUGCGGGAGGAGCGCGGGCAAGGCCAGGGCUGCAGUUGCGGCCCCGUUUCUCUGCUGCCGGAAUCCCCAAACCAGCCCAACGGAGCCCUCGGAGAGCGCGAUGGAUGAGUGGGAUCUCCCACAAUGGAAAAAAGAGGUGGAAAGCCUCAAGUACCAGCUGGCCUACAAGAGAGAGAUGUCCUCCAAGACCAUACCUGAGUUCGUGAAGUGGAUCGAGGACGGGAUUCCCGAGGAUCCCUUCCUGAACCCGGAGCUGAUGAAGAACAACCCCUGGGUGGAGAAAGGCAAAUGCAUCAUCCUCUGAGGCUCCUUCCCCCUGCAGGACGGGGCUGGCAUCCCUGAGCUCCGGCUCCAGCACCAGAACCUGAACAAAGCCCUGCCCUCUGCUCCUUUCUGCUCCUGUAGCUGUAGAAGGGGAUUUAGAAAUGGGGGGACACAGGGAAACCCCCCAGGAUGGGCACCCUGGGGGAGAGGAACAGCAAAAGCUGCUCCAAGGAUGUGCUGCAGCUUCGUCUCACACUUCUGCCACCCAAAACAGGCAGAUUUUUGCAACUUGUAAAGAAGCUUUUUAUAAAACCCCCCAUUUUUAGUGAUUUUAGAUACUUUUGUACACUGUAGGAUAUUGCUUCACAGCAAACCAGGCAGAACCUGGCCCCUCGAGUUUAUGUCUGAAAUAAACAGAGCAAUAUUUCAC